AUGCAUCAGUUUUCUUUUUUCAGUCUCACCCUGCUUCAUUCUCCCUCACUCCUCUUCAAUCUUCAUCUUCCCCAAUUCAUCUAUCACCAUCAUUCUCACCAAAUAACGGAAAAACACUCAAGCAUUUCUCUUCACUCUUCUCCCUCUCUGAACCUUCGUUCAUAUCUUUCAACCUCCAUUAGCAUCAAUUCUCUGCACCUUCUGCACUUUCCUUCAUCAUCUUCAUCGGUUCUUCAACAUCAUCAACCUUCACCGUUCUGCUUCAUCCUUCAUCAUCGUCAUGCCUUCAUCGAACCCGCAUCUGCAAUAACUACAUCGCUUCAAUCUUCACCAUCUCUACUACGCAUCAAUAAUGCAACAACAACUUCAGCAACAAUAUCUUGCACAGAGCAAUAA